UGGGAAACAAAAUCACGCGUCGAAUAAAGGAGAAAGAGAAAAACUAUUGUUGGCAAAAUUGUGACGCGCAUGCUAAGUAAUUGAAAAAACGCAAAAGAGGAGGAGAAACAGAACAUAGGAGAUAAGAGAGAAGAUGGCUUCGGAAGAAGGACAAGUGAUCGCGUGCCAUACCGUUGAAACAUGGAACGAGCAACUCCAGAAGGCUAAUGAAUCCAAAACUCUUGUGGUGGUUGAUUUCACGGCUUCUUGGUGUGGACCAUGUCGUUUUAUCGCGCCAUUCUUUGCUGAUUUGGCUAAGAAACUCCCCAAUGUGCUUUUCCUCAAGGUUGACACUGAUGAAUUGAAGUCGGUGGCAAGUGAUUGGGCGAUACAGGCGAUGCCAACCUUCAUGUUUUUGAAGGAAGGUAAGAUUUUGGACAAAGUUGUUGGAGCCAAGAAAGAUGAGCUUCAAUCUACCAUUGCCAAACACUUGGCUUAAGCUUUCGGCUCUUAUAUAUGUCUUAAGAUGUUCGAUUAAUUAAUUGCUCUAGUACUCUUGACAUGUUAUAACUCGUUCCCUUUUGUUAUAUGUUUCUGGUCAAAUUCAUCUGAUGAUAAGAUUGUGACUAGUGUGAAUUUGAAAAUUGCUUUGUUUAUCCAUUAAAUCAAUUGCUUUUAAUUACUUUGUA